UGUGAUAUUGCACAUGCGCAAACAGUUGGGUCCAGGUGAAAUACGGGAAUCCCAGAUUAAACGCGACUUCCACUUUUGAUCUAGACGCAGUUAUCAAUUGAUUUCCUUUAACAAACACAUUUUAAAAACAAGUGAUUUGGAUUUUAAAGAAAGCAGACGUCAACUAAGGUGUGGAGCGAAUUAGAUUUAUGCCAUGGCGGCGGAACAAACUUUGGUGUAUUUUAACACACAAACAACUGGACUUAAAGAUCCACAUAUUGUUGAGCUUGCUGCCAAUGCUAGAAAGAGAGGCUAUGCACCUUUUCACAGGUACAUUUUACCGAGAAAAGAGUUCAAGACCGAGACAUCAAAAACUAAAUUUAAAUUGUCAGCUGACCGCAAAACUCUUCUGUUGAGUGGAAAGGAAGUAGACGCGUGCAUAUUGAAAUGCGCUUUGACAGCUUUUGUAAAAUGGCUGGAAGGAAUCGUGAAUCCAGUACUGGUCGAUCAUUAUGUGGAGUACCAUACCAAUGCCCUGCAAAGCGCCUUUUCCUACUUUCCACCGUUAUUACAGCGAUAUAAGAAAAUUGUGAGAAGAAAAAGCGAUACUCUGCCGUUGUUUGGGAAAUUGUUCCAUCAGGGAAAACGUUUGACCAGAGCAGCACUGGCAUCUGAAAUCCUUGGUGAAAAUUCAUACACGGAAUACAAUGCUCGGGAACACGUGAGAGUGUUACUAGAAAUGACCGAGAAGAUGGGAAUAUCGAAAGCUGAUAUCCUCCGAAACGCAACGCCUCUGUCAAACCCAGAAAUUUGUCACUCGUCUCCGGGGAACUCGGAUAGUGAGGUUAUCUAUCAAAGACAAAAGAAGAGGAAACGAAAGAAUCCGGAUCAGAGUAGGAAAGAGAAGAAAAUGAAAAAAGAGAAAAAAGAAGUAACAUCAAAUGAAAGCCCAGUGUCAGAAUGAUCCAAUUCGAAUAAAGGUCUUAAUAAGAUGAAGAGCAAGAAAAAGAAGAAGCCCUUUCGCAGUCAUUAGAUGUGUUCGAUUUAGUCCUAUUCCCAGACCUUUUUAGUGAGCUUUUCAAGGUUUCUAUAUCGUGGACUUUUGUAGCACUUAAAACACCACCUGUAAUUGAAUGAGUUCCCGGUUGAAAUAAAAUUAGUCCUGUACUAGGUCAACUUUGUAAAAUAAAACACGUUCAUUAAUAUAAUCUAUAUACGUGUAUGGUCUAACAUACCGCGGGAACGUAGAAUAUGCACCCUAUGUAAUUUAAGAGAAAUAAUUUCAUUUAUUCAACUGUGAUCAGCAACUUAUAAUCAAUAGCAGACGGAAAUAUAUGUCUAGAUAGUAUCAUGAAAGACCAAAUACAUUUAAAUUCCAUACAUUAUUCAAUUACGUAACUAAAAAUGAACUUAUUGCAUUGGCUAAAUUUAUUAUUGAUAUAAAUGAGAUAAUUAAUUCACAAUACUGAUGUCCAUCCUGUUUUACCAUGUAUCAUUGUGUAUCCAUUUGCUAACGUUCUUAUUCUCUGCUCUGUACUGUUUACGAGAAUGAAGAAAUUGCCAUUGUCAUUGACCAUGGCGUUCUGGUUUAUAGGACUAUGGACUUGGGACGAAUCUAAACAAACACAUUAUUGGAUACGACACCGUAAUUAAAUAAUGAACCGAUUAUCAUGAACAGAAAUUGACACAAGUAAUUUUUGCGAUAUCAUUUGCUUUGUAACAAAAAUGUCCAUGCAUUUCCAUGCUUAAUUUCUCGAUAUCUUUACUUUUCUAGGGAAA